CAUUGGUGCUGCCAAGUUCGAGAAGGGUGAUCUCCAGGGCACCAUCGAAGUCUGCCAAAAGGCAGUUGAGGAGGGCCGCGAGCACCGUGCAGACUUUAAGAUCAUUGCCAAGUAAGACCCUUCCCCUCUUUUUAUAAUAUAUAUAACAGUUAGGUACUUACAUAAACACAGGGCUUUCGCCAGAAUUGGUACUGCCUACGAGAAGCUGGGAGACCUCGACCAGGCUAUUGAAAACUACCACAAGUCUCUCACCGAGCACCGAACUCCGGAUGCUCUUACUAAGCUGCGUAAUGCUGAAAAGGCUCGCGACAAGGCCAAGAAGGAGUCUUACGUUGACCCUGAAGAGGCCGAGAAGGCCCGCGAGCUGGGCCAGAAGAAGUUCCAGGAGGCUGACUGGCCUGGUGCCGUUGACGCUUUCACCGAGAUGACCAAGCGGGCUCCUCAAGACCCGCGAGGUUUCUCCAACCGUGCUGCAGCCCUCAUCAAACUCAUGGCCUUCCCUCAGGCUGUGCAGGACUGUGACGAGGCUAUUACGCGCGACCCCAAGUUCAUCCGUGCGUACAUGCGCAAGUCGCAGGCUCUGGUGGCUAUGAAAGAGUACAACCGUGCUCUCGACGCCUGCACAGAUGCCCUGGAACAAGAUGAUGGAACCCACACGCGUGAGAUUGACCAGCAGCAACAGAAGUGUCUUGAAGCUCAGUUCAGCGCUCGUGCGGGAGAGACCGAGCAACAGACCAUGGAGAGAAUCCAGAAUGAUCCCGAGGUAUUUUUCCUUUUGAUUUUUUUUUUUUUUUUUUCAUUCUUCCUCGCUCCCCUCUCUCUUUUUUCCUGUUGAACGAUUUUCUAACUGAAAUAGAUCAUGUCUAUCCUCCAAGACCCUGUUAUGCAGAGCAUCCUCCAACAAGCCAAGAGUGACCCUGCAGCUCUGCAAGAACAUAUGAAGAACGCGCAGGUGCGGACGAAGAUUCAGAAAUUGAUGGCCGCCGGUGUCAUCCGUCUUG